AUGAGCUGCAAAACAAUUACUUACUUUAUGUUGCCUUUGUUUUUGGAAAAAAUACAAGAUGUGGUGAAAAUACUCAUAGAGAAGAAAAGAGAACUUGUGAAUAAAAUAGAUGAAAAUGGAAGGACCCCUCUCCACUAUGCGGCAUCCAAAACAUGGGGUCACAAGAUAGUACAGCAGCUGCUAAGGCUUGAUACUUCCAGUGCGUAUAAACAGGAUAAACAUGGUCUCUCACCAGUUCACAUCGCAGCUCUUAAAUCAAGCAUUAAGGUAUUUGGAGAACUCAUUCACUGGUGCCCAGAUUCUGUGAAGUUGUUGGACAAAAAUCGUUGCAAUGUUCUUCACUUUGCUGUGAUGAGCAAGGAUUACAAGAAAAUCAAGUUCGCCUUACAGCAAGUAGUGCUUGAGAAACUCGUAAAUCAGCCAGAUGAUGAUGGAAACACCCCAUUUCACCUCGUGGCCAUACAAGGCUCUUUGCAGCUUAUGAAACUUUUUCUUUCAAAUACAAGUGUAGACAUUAAGGCCACCAAUAAGAAGGGCCAGACAGCUGAUGCUAUUCUUCACUUGAUCCCUAGGAAAGCCACAAUAUGUUCAAGGAUGAGUGGCUGGUUUCAUUUUAACGCUGUUAAUCUGCUGCGACUCUUUGCUGUAAGAGGAGAAGAAAAAUGGAUAAGAGGAGAAGCCAAUGAGGAGCAAAGACAAACUGACCCGAAUAAGCAGGAUGAAGUUGCAGCAAUAAAAUCAAAAAUAAAGAAAAUCAGGAAAGCCCUCCAAGUAGUAGCGUGUUUAAUUGCCACCAUCAUCUUUGCUGCACUCGUGUUGCGCAUCAGUAUUAACAAUGGAAAACCUAUUUACCUGCACAAAGGUUGA